UUAAUGUUGACGAGACCCUGAUAUAGUGGCCACAGUAGUGAGGAGAAACGUCAACAUGUCGGGGCUGCUGGAACCAACCUUAUAUAUUAUCAAAGGAAUUGCCAUUCUUGACAAUGAUGGAAACCGUCUCCUGGCAAAAUACUAUGACCCAAAUGUGUUUCCAUCUGUAAAAGAAGAAAAGAAAUUUGAGAAAAACUUGUUUCAGAAGACACACCGGGCUAAUGCUGAGGUCAUCAUGCUGGAUCGGUUAACUUGCGUUUAUCGUUCCAAUGUUGAUCUCUUCUUUUAUGUUAUGGGGUUGUCACAUGAAAAUGAGUUGAUCCUUGUGUCAGUUUUGAGUUGUCUCUAUGAUUCUGUUUCUGCAAUACUGAGAAAAAAUGUGGAGAAACGCACUUUAUUGGACAACCUUGAUAUCAUCAUGUUAGCACUGGAUGAAAUUUGUGAUGGAGGUGUUCCACUGGAGACAGAUCCUCAGGUAGUGAGUCAACGAGUUGCUCUCAGGCUGGAAGAAAGUCCAUUCAAUGACCAGACAGUAACUCAGAUUAUCAAGCAAGUGCGGCAGAAACUCGAGACCACAACUGGUGCGGUGUUGCAGUCAGCUCGUGAGCAGCUCAAGUGGUCAUUACUCAAGUGAUCAACUAAUGCCACUUGUGUUUGUGGAGUGGCACUUUUGGGUUUGGCUUCUUAAUGAAGUUUAUGAAAAGUUUAUAUCAAGAUACAUUUGUCUUGUAUGUUGAAAAGGAAUACAAAAAGAUACAUUAAUAGAAAUUGGCUUGUUUAGCAAGAAUUUAUUUCUAUAAUUUGGUUUUAUUAAGAUAUUCAUAUAACCAAGAUAGAUGUUACUUUUCUUGUUGCCGAAUAUAAAGUAUUCUGAACAAGGUUUGUUUAAAGUUUUUUGUUAUGAUUCAGUUUACAGCUUCUUAAAAUUAUCUUUUGUAAUAGAAGUAUUUGCUCUAUAGAUUAUUUUGUUAUAUAUACUGUAUACAGAUUUCCAUGUUCUGAAUUUAAGGAUAUUAAAGUAAAACCCUUUUACAUGUACGUGAAUGUCUUGAGCGAGUUACGAUUAAUUUAUUUUUGUAAUCCCAAUGAGUAGUACAGAAACAUUGCAAGAAGCAGCAAAGUGUUAAGGGUGUUAUAUCCAGCAUGGUACAUAAAUAUUUUUUUUUUAGUGGAAAAUAAAGAUUAUCCAUUUAUCACUUUAUUUCAAAUAAAUUAGCCUGUUGUAA